ACGACCAGUACGCAUGUUGGAUCGAAGAGAAACGGAACGGUACAGAGAGGAUUUUACGAAACGUAAAUAAAAUGAAUCUUCGAUCAGCGAAUAGAAUUGUUGGAGGUGCAUUUAUAAAUAUUACGUCAAUUCCAUUCAUGAUCUCGAUCAUGCUGAAAGGACAACACAUGUGUGGUGGUGGUAUUCUCGACGAAUUUUCGGUUGUAACAGCGGGACAUUGUGCCCAAGAAGUCGUCGGACGUAUACACGAUGUCCAAGUUCGUAGCGGAUCUUCUUACGAAGACGAAGGUGGUAUCAUUCAUAAUGUGACGAAAAUAACUGUACAUGAAAAUUAUAAUCCUGAUACAAACGAUUACGAUAUCGCGGUAUUAAAAGUGAAUCCACCUUUCAAGUAUGAUGAUAGUACACAGUCAUUAACAAUAGCGAAGAAUGAAUCGACUGACAGUGAUUUUGGCUUGAUAGCUGGUUGGGGAUAUUUCCUGGAUUUUGAUCCGGUUCUCUCGAGACAAUUACAAUUUGUUUUAUUACCAAAAGUACAGAGAGACGAAUGUGAAAAAGAUUAUGCAAAUGAACAAAAAAUAGUUCAGACUCAAGUAUGUUAUGGAUUUCGUAAUGGAGGAAAGGAUGCUUGUAAAGGUGAUUCAGGUGGACCAAUAGUCAACAUGGAUCAUGUUUUAAUCGGUGUAACAUCAUGGGGUGAUGGAUGUGCAGAAGCAGGUAAGCCAGGUGUUUAUACUGAUGCUAUUCUACUUCGUGAUUGGAUAAAGAAACAAAUUGAAAAGGAUUAAUACGAAAUUUGAUGAAAGUGAAAUAAAAUACUAUUAUCUAUGUCGAUGAUCUCAAAGAAUAUAUUUAUUGAUACACAUA